AUGGAGAGUCCAAGCCUGGGGGACUGCGAAGCUGGCCCCUCAGUCACCUCAAGUGAGCGCCUUCUCCCAGACCGGCCAUGUAACAUCUGGCAAGAAGAUACUGCUCUGGGACCAGAAAGAGUAAGAGAAGAUGAGAAACAAACGGUGAUUAAAAGCAGCAGUGAGUGUAAUCCCCUGUUCCAAGAACCCAUUGCUUCUGUUCAGUUUGAUGGUACUGCAAUGACAGAAUGCCAUAAGUCUGUCCCUUGCGGUUGGGAACGAGUUGUGAAGCAAAGAUUAUCUGGGAAAACAGCAGGAAGAUUUGAUGUAUAUUUUAUUAGCCCUCAAGGACUGAAGUUCAGAUCUAAAAGGUCACUUGUUAAUUAUUUUCACAAAAAUGGAGAGAGUUCUCUUAAGCCAGAAGAUUUUGAUUUUACUGUGCUUUCUAAAAGGGACAUCAAAUCAAGAUAUAAAGACUGUAACAAGACAGCUCUCAUGCCCCAAGUGCAAAAGGAAAGUAAUAAUUCAAACCAGAACCCCAGGACACAUAAAAAGCCGAAAAAAGAUGUGUUAUCUCCGCCACGCAAUAGUUCAGAAUUACAAGAUAGCAGAGGACUAUCUAACCUUACUUCCAUUAAUUUGUAUAUGAAAGAAGAUGAGAAUGUUAAUGAUGUUAACUCCAGAAAGAUUAGAAAGUUGAAAGGAAAGAUGACUAUUUUGAAAAGAAUUCAAAUUAAAAAAACUAAAAAAGAGUGCUGGAAGAGUCUUCCAGAUGCUGUUCCAAGUAACAGAAAAAGAGAAUCUACGUAUAAUAAAGCAGAUGUUGAAGGUGAGCCUGUUGUACAAGAAAGUCAGCUUCAUAGAACUCUCUGCAUUUCUGAUUCCAAAGCGAAAGACGAACCCCUUAUUGUAACUGAAGAAGAAAACAGAUUUGUAGAAGAGAAAUCAUUGCAUUCAGGAUCAGAUUUUCAUUUUGAAAAACUAACUACUGGCAGCAUAAACAAAUUAUGUUUGACCAAAGAAGCAGAAUACAACAAGAAAUGUAAGGAUACCUUUUUAGAAUCUGAGGCAAUCGGAACAAAAGUAGAAGUUGGAGAGAAGAAAAAACAUUUGCAUAUUGACAUUUUAAAAUGUGGCUCUGAAGUGGACAACAGCUGCUCACAAGCUGAGAAAAAGUUUACUUCUCUGAAAAUAUUUCAAGAAGACACACCUGUUCCACGAACACAAAUAGAAAAAAGGAAAACAAGCCUGUAUUUUUCCAGCAAAUAUAACAAAGAAGCUCUUAGCCCUCCACGGCGAAAAGCCUUUAAGAAGUGGACACCUCCUCGGUCACCUUUCAAUCUCAUUCAGGAAACACUUUUUCAUGAUCCAUGGAAGCUCCUUGUCGCAACCAUAUUUCUCAAUCGGACCUCAGGCAAAAUGGCAAUACCUGUGCUUUGGGAAUUUCUGGAGAAAUACCCUUCAGCUGAGGUAGCAAGAACCGCAGACUGGAGAGAUGUGUCAGAACUGCUUAAACCUCUUGGUCUCUACGAUCUUCGAGCAAAGACCAUUGUUAAGUUCUCAGAUGAAUAUCUGACAAAGCAGUGGAAGUAUCCGAUUGAGCUUCAUGGGAUUGGAAAAUAUGGCAAUGACUCUUACCGGAUUUUUUGUAUCAAUGAAUGGAAGCAGGUACACCCUGAAGACCAUAAGUUAAAUAAAUACCAUGACUGGCUUUGGGAAAAUCAUGAAAAAUUAAGUUUGUCUUAG